AUGGCACCAACAGUCCUGAAGGACCGCUCUGCCUCUCCACAGCCCUCCCCAGAGAGUCAGCAGCUGCCAGCAAAUGUGAAUGAGCUGACUCCCAGGCUGCGGGCUUUCCUCUCAGAACCCAUUGGAGAAAAGGAUGUCAGCUGGGUGGAUGGGAUCAGCCAUGAGCUUGCCAUCAAUUUGAUCACUAAAGGUUUCAACAAGGCCUACAUCCUGUUGGGACAGUUCCUUCUGAUGCACAAGAACGAAGCAGAGUUUCAGAAGUGGCUCAUUUACUGCUGCGGCGCCACCGAGUGUGAGGCCCAGCAGAGUUCCAACUGUCUCAAGGAGUGGUGCGCUUGCUUCCUGUAGGUACCAGCGAG